AUGGAUGCUCAUUCCGUCCUUCCCCUUUCACCAUAUCUUUCUCGUGAGCGUGGCUUAUCUCCACUGAUUGAAAACAAUGUUCUAUCGACAGCAUCCACCCUCCAAGACAUUCAUAAAGUAGUUUGGAAUCAUGCAAAACGGCGGACUGGACCAAGAUGGAGACUGCAUCCAAAACCAAACCGACGAGCUGAAGUCAAAGAUCCGCACUAA